AUUUCAUUCGAUUAUAAUCUUGUAUUCAGUGGUAAGAUCCAAGUUUGUAUCCAUUUAUAAGUAAUUGAUUGAUUUUGUUUUUCAGCCUGUAUUAUUAUUACCAAUUUUUGUUAUUCAAUUCAACAUUCAUUUCCCAUAUUUACAAAAACAGACAUAUAUCAUAAACCAUACAUUCAAAUAUAAUUAUAUAAACUAGAAAAAUGGAAGAAAUGGACAUUGAUGAUUACUCAAGAGAUCGUUCUCGUUCACCAGUAAGAGACAGAUCACGUUCUCGUGAAAGAAAAGACACAAAUUCAACAUCCAAUAGUAGAGACUACAGAGGUAGUAGUGGUCGUGACUAUCAUGGAGGUAAUAGCAGAGAUUAUGGGACCAAUAGAAGUUACGACGAUAGAAGAGGAGGUAGAGAUGGUGGUUACGGUGGAAGAGGAGGUAGGGAUGGAGGUUAUGGUAGUAGAGAUGGUGGCUAUGGUAGAAGAGAUUAUGGAUCAUCCUCAUCAAGACCUUCUGAUGGAGACUAUCGUUCAAAAUCUGAAAGAAAUUAUGACAAUUCCAUUUUUAUAAGUAAUGUUCCAUUCGAUAGUACUGAAAGAGAUAUCGAAGCCAUUUUCAAAGAUCAAUUCACAGUUAAAAGAGCCGAUAUUGUAACCAACAGAGGUAGAUCAAGAGGUAUGGCUACAGUUGAAUUUUCUACCAAAGAAGAUGUUCAUAAAGCUAUUGAAAAAUUCGAUAAAUUUGAUUACAAUGGUAGGCCCUUAUAUAUAAGACAAGAUUACCCACCACCAGAAAAGAAAGAAUAUCCACCAAGAAGAGAUGAAUAUAGAAGUGGAGGAAGAACAGACGAUUACAGAGGAGGAAGAGAUGAUUAUAGAAGUGGAGGUAGAAGAGAUGAUUUUGGAGGUAGAGAUGACUUUAGAGCUCCUAGAGAAAGAAGAGAACCUCCUCCACCUGGUACUGAAGUUUUCAUUGGUAAUUUACCAUUUUCAAUUAACUGGCAAGCAUUAAAGGAUUUAAUGAGACAAGCUGGUGAAGUUGUGAGAGCCGAUGUUAAAUUAGAUUGGUCAGGAAAAUCAAAAGGAUUUGGUACUGUUGUAUUCAGUAGUGUUGCUGAAGCUGAUAAAGCCAUUGAAAUGUUUCAAGGUUAUGAAAUCGAAGGUAGACAACUUAAUACACGUCCAGGUAAGAUUGCUGGUGCACCAGAACUAGGAGCUGAAUCUAAUGGAGGACGUGAUACUUAUACUGGAAGAGAAAGACACGAAGCUCCUGCUCCAGUACAUACAAAUUCAGAAUUCACUACUGGUGUUGAAGGUGAUGGAGAAAAAUCUGAUACUAUUUAUGUUGCCAAUUUACCAUUUGUAACCAGUAAUGAAGAUUUAUAUGAAUUAUUUGAAACUGUUGGUAGAACUACCAAAGCUGAAAUCCAAUAUAACGAUCAAGGUAAAGCUUCAGGAAACGCUGUGGUUCAAUUUGAAUUGGCGGAUGUUGCUGAAAGUGCCAUCCAAUCCUUAAAUAACUAUAAUUAUGGUGACAGAAAUCUUAGGAUUACUUAUGCUAAGAAGCCAUAAACAUACAUAAUGUUUUUCAAAAAUUUUUAUAUAGUUUAAAAUAAAAAGUAAAAAAAAAGUAUGUCAAUUAAAACUAUUUCUCAUAACACAAGCAAAUUUCGAUUAAUAAUAUAAAUUUCCAAUUUCAUUUAACGUUUAUUAAGUGUAAGAUUACAUGUAAUUUAUUCUAGUUUG